AUGUCACCAGUGGAGUACAAUGGUACUAUACUAGAAAAAGACAACAAUAGCGACAACAAAUCUGAAAAUAAAAGCGAAAGAACUCAAAAAGGAUCACAAGAAGAGCCACUUACUAAUUUCCCCACUGAUCAUGAAUUUGCAACACUCCGUAAAGUUUCUGAAAGUGUCUCACUUUAUGCGCUUGCUAUAGUGGUUGUUGAACUAGCAGAACGUUUCUCGUACUACUCAUCAAAGGUAGUUGCACAGAAUUACAUCCAAUAUCCCCUUCCAUAUGGUAGUAUAACUGGUACUCCACUUGCUGGUGAUGUAGACACCUCUCCAGGAGUCAUGGGUAGAGGCCAACAAGUUGCAACAGGCUUAACUACCUUCUCAACCUUUUGGUCAUACUUAACACCAGUUCUUGGGGGGAUAAUUGCAGAUACACAAGGAAGAUAUAUAACAAUUAUAGCAUCAUCAUUGAUUUAUUUCAUUGGAUUACUUAUCCUCACUCUCACGUCAAUCCCAUCGGCAAUUACUAACAAUACUACACCACUCGCUGGAUGGAUCACUGCAACGAUUUUAAUUGGUCUAGGUACAGGUGGUAUUAAGGCCAACAUAAGUGUUCUUCUUGGUGAACAAAUAAAGUCAUCAGUACCAUAUACACAAGUUUUAAAAACAGGUGAGAAGGUUAUAGUUGACCCCAAUGUCACAAUCCAAAGGCUGAUGAGUUGGUUCUAUUGGAGCAUAAAUGUCGGCAGUUUAUCAAUGCUAGUGAGUCCAGCCAUCGAAAAGAACCACUCGUUCUGGUUGGCGUUUACUAUUCCAACUGUCGUAUUUGCAGCAGUUCCUUUCAUUCUUUUUGCACUUCGUAACAAACUCGUUCAUACCCCUCCACGUGGUACAGUUCUACUGGAAGUUUCACGUUUAUUGAGAAUCGUAGCGAAGAAUAUCUACUCUUUUAAUCCCAUAAGGUGGAUAAGAAAUUUGAAAGACACUCAAUCAAGUUGGAAUGCAGCAAAGCCCAGUGUAUAUGAAAAAGAACACGGGUUUGUACCCAAAUUUAUCACAUGGGAUGAUGCAUUUGUGUUAGAAGUAAAAAGAGGCUGGUCAGCAUGCAAGAUCUUCUUCUGUUUAAUAUUUUACUAUAUUUCACAAAAUCAACUCUCAAAUAACCUUGUUUCACUAUCUACAACAAUGCAAUCAGGUAAUACACCACCAGAGGUUGUCAAAAUUAUAGAUCCAAUCAUGAUUCUAGCUACAAUUCCUAUAUUAGACUUCCUCGUUUAUCCCUUUCUCAGGAAAAAGGGCAUCCGUUUCGGCCCUGUCCUUAGAAUAGCCAGUGGAUUCAUUUUAGCCUCUUUAUCGAUGGUGUAUGCAGCUGUUAUACAACAUUACGUGUACACAAUUAGUCCAUGUGGUGAGUAUGCUGCUACGUGUAACACGAAAGCGCCACAGAACCUCUGGAUUGUCGCACCAUCUUAUGCACUAAUGGCUUUGUCAGAAGUCUUCGGCCCGGUCACAGCGUAUGAACUUGCAUUAAAGAAAGCUCCCGUGAAGCUACGCGCUUUUGUCACGUCCAUAUUUCUCGUUCAGACCGCAUUUGCCAGCGCAAUCAAUGAAGCAUUAGUGAGUGUGAGUGAAGAUCCUUACCUAGUAUGGAUGUAUGCAAGUUUAGCUAUCGUCACUUUCCUCGCUGGAUUCGCUUUCUAUGCAAUGUUCCACAAGAGGGACAGAAAUGAAGAAGCUGAAAAUGCAAUCGGAAAAGAUAGGCAAGAGUGAGCUUUGAAAAUGGAUUUGUAAUAUAAUUGAUACCUUUA